UUUCCCUCAGCUAACUCUCUCUGGUACUAAACUAAACUAAACCCCUUGUUAGCUUCGCCUCUCUUUCAAAAACUCUCUCUCUCUCUAAACUCUGUGUUUGUGUAUUGGUCCGAGAAUAGAAGAGAAGAGAAAGGAAAAAUGAGUGGUACAAUGGAGUCGAUUUCGUUCUUAAACCCUAACCCUAGCUACAGGUCGAAGAAGUCUUCGUUGGCACAGUCUUCACGCUUCGAUUCACUCCUCAGGCAUCGCACUCGCACCUACAAUUACAAUUACAAUUACAAGCUCUCUCUUUUGCCCAAACCUGUUUCCGUUUCUUCCAAUGGGGUUUCCUCUCGUUUUCUUUCUCGGAACCCACCUCGCAGAUUCAUUGUAGCUUCCUCUGCUUCACACGAGGAUUCGAAGAGUCAAGAAAUUGAAGUGGAGAAGGGAAAAGAUGAUCAUAAUUUGGGAGCUGAAGAUUCACAAGAAGUUUGGAAAGAGCUUCUAGAAUCUUUCAAAGAACAAGCCUUGAAGAUGCAAAGCGUUUCACAAGAAGCAUACGAGUUAUACUCUAAGAAAGCAGUAGUCAUCCUAAAAGAAACUUCUGAACAGUUGAAAAUACAGGCAGACAAGGCAAGAGAUGAUUUGAUUGAGAUAGCAAACGAAAUUAGUGAAGAAGGCAAAGUGUAUAUCUCCACAGCUGCUGAGAACUCCCCAGAACCAGUCAAGGAUAUAGUGGAGACAUUUAAUAUGCCAACUGAAGAUCUGAAAGAAAUUUCUAGAGUUCAUGACUUCCGCGUUGGAAUUCCCUAUGGUCUGCUCCUUUCUGUUGGUGGCUUUCUUUCCUUCAUGCUAACGGGAAACAUUGCUGCCAUUAGAUUUGGUGUUAUCCUUGGUGGCACUCUUUUGGCUUUGAGCGUUUCAAGUUUAAAAUCAUAUAAAAGAGGAGAAUCAUUUCCUCUAGCCUUGAAAGGACAGGCAGCAAUUGCAAGUAUAAUAUUUUUGCGGGAGUUAAGCCAGCUGUCUCAGGCUCCAUCAUUUCUGAGCUUCGUUUCAACAGUCAUCAGCGGUGCAGUGGUAGCAUUCUUUAUCUAUAGGAUCAUACUGGAUCGUAAAAAGCAGAGAGGCUCAAAUUUGGAAAACCAGACAGAAAAUUAGUUCAUUUGUGUAAGCAGGAAUUUCCAAGCUGGAUCAAGAUUUACAGUUUAAAUUCUGACUUUAAGCCUUUUUACCCAGACAUAUGGCUCCUGUUUGAAGUAAAAAGCAAAUUAACAUUUCCAUAUGCUACAGGAUACAAGUUUUACUGAACUAUGACAGCUUCAGGAGGACACACCAAUUAAGAUCUGAGGCGUUAUUGUUCAUUGAGGUUGAAGAAUGCUUGCCUGAGGCAAAAGAGAAUCUGGGCUCUCGUUGGAUUCAGUUUUAGUUUUGUAUUUUAUCUAUUUAUUAGGAAAUAAUAUAGAUGUUACUAUAAUGUGGUGUACGUGCUCUGUUCAGUUUGGGAGAUGCUACAAAGUGAUUUGAUUUUCUUCAUCUUUUACCUUAUCUUUUUGGCAAAAUAUGUUCAUUAUGGUCAUGCAGAAUUCUUUGUUGGUGGUCCUUAUCAGAUUGUUGAUCCCUUUUUUUAUUCCAUGAUAAUUUACACA